GAUGUGGAGACCACUGCCACGCUGUCGAAGGAUCAAGAUCACGUGGAGCUCGGACUCCAGACGCCGUCCGUUAAGGAUCAUGUGCAGGCCAACAACUGCUCGAUCAACAAAGCAGCUAUGUCUCCGACCGCUCUCUCUCAGGAAACGGAUUCUACUGAGGCUGGAUCGAACGCGGACGUGUCCGACAUCCGCUCGCCCUUGAACUCUCCCUCGAAGCCAGCCUUCACGGUCAAGACGAUGGAUAGAAUGGGCGACGAAGCGAAGACACAGGCGAAGGCGGAUGUGAAGGUACUUUCAGAUUUUCUUGUUGUAGUUUGUUGUUGAUUCUUGGGCACCUUGUCGAAUAGAUUCGAGUCAUCAGUUUACUGUCUCAGUAAGUAAACUAAAUAGGUCUAGGUCCUACUUAAAUUCUUGGGCAGUAUCUAUAGAAACUAUUUACGUAGUGGACCAUUUCGUUGUUGGUUUCAUUUUGUUUGCAAACACUUUAGACUUUACGGUACUCAGAUUGAUCUGGCGCUUGUGAUUUUUUUGCCGUACCGAGAACGAGGAUUACGAGAAGAAGGCCUUUCAACAUGAAUAUUGACAAACGAGAGUAUCAACAUUUCAUUCUGUAUCUUCUCUGACCAUGCUUCAACUAUCAUGAUCUUAUAUUCAUUGUAGACUACUUUAUUUCCACGUCUCUAAUUCGCGUGGUUGUACCCUCUGGUAGCUUUAUUUCUCGGAUAUUCAUGCUGCUUUAAUCUCGAGCAUGUGGCAGCCUCUACUGGUUUUCUUCUAAUGUUGUUUUUCUCAUGACCCAUAUCGCUUUUGCCAUCCACUCCCAGGUCGUUCCCUGCGGCAAAACCAAGCUAAUGAAAGCCAUGUGGGAGAAGCAACGUAGUGUGGAUGACCUAGGAGCACCAUCCGGAAGCUCAACCCUCACCUCGGCUUCUGGAGCAACCUCGAUGCCAUCCAGUAUUUUUUAAGGCUUUCAUCCUAGGAAGCUGCAUCUUUGACCCUUUUCGCUCGAUGAUGCAGGUCACACUGUGGACGGCGAGUCACUUCCUAGCCUAUCCUCUUUGACUUACUACCUAGGGGAAAAAUGCCAAUGCGUCAAAGAAGAUGCUUCUCGAGAGUUAUACAUGUAAGGUCUAAAUUUUGCAGGCUAAGGAAGCGCUACGUCCACCAAGUCUUGAGGUUCCCGGAAAAUACGCCGACCCGAGUGUCACCAAAUACUCACUCGAAUUUAUGAAUUUUGCCUGAUGAUAAUGCUAUUUUUGCUGUAGCAGGGGUUGUAGUUUGCUUUUCAAUCCUUGCAAGGGAAACGUAGUCCCAUGAUUGAUGUGAAUUGAUACUAUGACGUAGUCUCAUGAUGGAUCAUGUGAAUGGACUAUGACAGGUAGUCUAUUCACAUAUUAAUUCCACUCUAGUUCAACACUAGCACUACUUCUAUCUUCUCUACAACAUCUACUCUAAUUCUAUCUUCUCUAAAAAUUCCACUCUAGUUCAACAGUACUUUUAUCUUCUCUACAACAUCUACUCUAAUUCUAUCUUCUCUAAAAAUUCCACUCUAGUUCAACAGUACUUCUGUAGGUUCAACAGUACUUUUGGAUUUGGAUUUGGAGAUUUCCGAAAAAGUUUCUUUUUUUUUUUGUAUCCUGGGGCCACCCACAGGGGCAAGCUUCGCUAUCUCUAUCCGCUAAUGUAUUGCUACGUGGUCCGGACCGACCAGCUGACGUGGAUCCCACGAUGAAGGAGCGCUAUCUCAGUGGCGGAGAUUUCGUUGAGACGUUCGGAUUGACUGCACUGCAGUUUCACAACCUUCCCGAGUGGAAACGAGUCGCGUUCAAGAGACAACAUGGUUUGUUCUGAGGAGGAGAUAAGGGAAGUAGAAGAAUGGUGUCUAUUCUCUAAGAAGAAGCAAAUGGUUCUCAAUACAUAUAGAGGGCUAUGGGUACAGGAGAAAGUCGUUGUUGGAAUUGUUGAAAGGUUUUUUUGGUUGGGUAUGCUUGUGACCAUAAUGUAGGAUCAUUUUUAUGAGAAUACAAGACUUCUUAACCCCAUGAUUAUGGUGAAAGAUUUGCCACAUCUACUUGAAGACACAUCUUUACAUAGAUUUAGAGUAGAAAUUGUUUGAACUACGGCUUGAAAAUAUGCGGACUUGUUUACGUCUUCUUCAUAUUUUCUCAUGUACUUACAUGUUAAACAUGGGGCUGUACUAGUAGUUUCUUGAAUUAUUUAUAUUUCGAUUUUUCGUAAUGCACAGUCUGUCACUUGAGAUUUACUUCAGUUUGCUUCGCUUUUCCAUAGAUAACGAAAAUCAAUGAUAAUAAAAAGAUUCAGAUUUCUGAUUGAUAAAAGAAAUCAUAGAGAGGAAUACUUAUUGUUAACGACAUCUUCGUGGUAGAAUACAACGUGAGAACGUCUUUUAAUACAACUUCAAUUCGUACUAGUACGACUUCUUGUCGUGCUUGCGUUUUUCAUCUCGGCAUCGACUCGUUUUGGGGGAAGAAUGUGAUUGCGGAUUGCGGAUCGGAUGCCGGAGAGUAGGCAUGUAGGAAUACGGGGGGCUCCAUUUGUCAAGAAAUAGAACCGUAAUUCGUUUUCUUUUCACUUUGCGCAUGAUAGUUCCUCAAUAACUGGUGGGACAAUAACGGGAAACAUGAUGACCUUUGUCUUAUCCAUAAUCUGAAUGUUAUGCGGAGUCAGAUAUAUCUAUCAUUACUCACGUUGGUUAUUUUCGUCUUCUCGAUGUUGUAUUUCCUCCCAGCGAGCGAAAAUACGACUGAUUCCUUCAAAGAUGUUUGCAUGUGGAUUUCGGUUGUGUGGUUUUUAGGACGGACACGAAGCUACAGUAUUAUUUUUGAGGACAUGAUGAAAACCCAUGGUGACAUGAUGGAUGUAACACAACAAUGUAAAAAAAAUAUGAGCUGACAGCGGCUGUACAACAACAGCACGAUUCUGGAAGAUCUGGAAAGAAGUUCCUCGGAGAAAUUUCCUCGGGUGCCAUAGCAGCUACCCAUAAUCACUCGCAGUAGUGAGACAGGCCCCAAGCCCAGAUCUUCUAUAGCCAUGGCCUCUGAAAUCAAGCCAGAAAUCUUCUAAUUCUAAUCUUACGAACAAUGAUUUUCCGGCUUCUCUCACGUCUGUCCUCCCUCUAUCACGUUCACUAGAAUGAACAGUCACAUCUCUGUUCAAAGCAUGGAGAGAUGAUACACGUGGAG